AUGUCGUCACCGCCCGUGAACCUCGACGCCCCUCGCUAUGACCAAAGCACAUACGUCGGCCGUGCGAAGCACUUCCUAGCUACCACGAACCCGCUCAAUGUACUGGCCACGGACACCCAGCUCGAUGCUGCCAAGAAGCUCGUGGAGGAGUACAAGGCAGGGCAGCACAUGCACUUGAGCGAGGACGACGUGUGGCGUGCUAAGCAGCUCGUGGACAGCGCGUUUCACCCCGACACAGGCGAGAAGAACCUGCUCAUUGGACGCAUGGCCUUCCAGGUGCCGGGGAACAUGGUCAUCACUGGCUGCAUGAUGACGUUCUACCGCUCGACACCCGCCGUCAUCUUCUGGCAGUUUAUGAACCAAACGUUCAAUUCCAUCGUCAACUACACAAACCGCAACGCCAGCACAGGUGUGAGUCAGGAACAGCUGCUGCAGGCCUAUGCUGCAGCUAGUACGGCCUCUGUGGCUACAGCGCUGGGUCUCAACAGAUGGGUGUCCAAGCGCCCAAAGCUCAGCAACGGCAUUGUCGGUCGUCUCGUGCCCCUCGUGGCUGUUGCUGCUGCCAACUGCGUCAACAUCCCGUUGAUGCGACAGCGCGAGCUGCUGGGCGGUAUUGAAGUGGAGACAGCAGAUGGCGAAAAGGUUGGCAAGAGCAAGCGUGCAGCAGUCGAAGCUGUGGCUCAGGUGGUCCCGUCGCGCAUUCUCAUGGCAAUGCCCGGUAUGUUCUUCCCGCCAGUCAUCAUGACCCAGCUGGAGCAGCGCCCGCUCUUCCGCAACAACAAGGUGGCGAACGCGCUUACCAUGGUCGGACUCACCGGUGUGUGUCUGUGCUUCUCGACGCCACUGUGCUGCGCCCUGUUCCCACAGCGCAGCUCUAUAGCUGUAUCUUCACUCGAGCCCGAGUUGCAAGAGAAGAUCCAUCAGCGCACGUUCAAGCAGUACUCGGAUCGCAAAAACCCUGUCACGCACGUCUUUUACAACAAGGGAUUGUGA